AUGUUGGUCCAAGCAGACGGGGUCCCAGCGAGACACAAUGUGCUUGCCGCACUAUGUACCUGGCUUCUUCUUGCCGGGUAUAUCGUGCUUCCUGCGACCUUUGAUAAACUGGAGAAGAAUCGCAACGAUAUAUCACUCGCAGUUUUGGCCGCCGCCCUCUGCAUCACCGGCAUCAUCGGCUGUCUAACGCUCCUCUGCAAGUACAGGCGAAACUAUAUCUGGAUAGUCAACCGCAUUUUCAUACCUGCUUUGCUCCACAGCAUUGCUGGGUUGGUGUCGACUCUGAUUAAUGUGUACACGGCGCAGGAUGGGGACUACUCGGUUACGGCUACGGCUGCAUUGACGGGGACGUCUUUGUGCCUUGCGGUGACGCUAUCGUUGAGUCUGGUGAUUUAUGUGGGGAAGAUUGGUAGGAUGAAGAGGAAUCAUGAUAGUAUGGAAGCGCUGCAUAAUGCGGUAGCGAUUCGCCGCCGAAUCGAGUAG